UUCUGCAACACAGAGAUCCAACCAUGGCACCUACAAUUGCUGCACCAAUGACCACUUCAACAGAUCAUUUGACUCUGACCCACAAGCUCAGAAAGCCUCUGGUGGAGAAGUUACGCAGAGAGCGAAUCAACACCUGCAUUGAGCAGCUCAAGUCUCUCCUGGGUCCAGAGUUCCUCAAACAGCAGCCAGACUCCAGACUGGAGAAAGCAGACAUCCUGGAGAUGACCGUUUGCUUACUGACGCAGCUACAGCAGCAGAGAAACCUGCUAACGCACUCCAACAAGCUGCAGACUGCCUCUGAUGAGAAGCUGAGGGAAGUUGACCUUUGUCUUCUGAGCUCCACAGUUCAGACCAGCAUCACCCAAUGCUCUCUGGAGAGAAAAGACAACAGUGUCCUCUGGAGGCCAUGGUAGACCACUCACACUGGACUCCAUACCAGACAAGCUAAACAGACCAUAUUGGUCAGACAUGACUGGACUGAAUUGUUUAAAAUUCUGUGGACUUUUUCUUCUGUAUGUACAGAAGGCUUUACUUUGUGUGUUCUUGUGUGUGUGUGUGUGUGUGUGUGUGUGUGUGUGUGUGUGUGUGUGUGUGUGUGUGUGUGUGUCAGAUGAUAUUUCCUAAGGAAAGUGUAGUAGCAAUAUCUUUCAUGUUGAGAAAGAAAAUUUCAUGUCAUGCAUAUUGCAUUAAUUGAAUCUGAUUGCAUCAGCAAUUUUAAUUGUUUCUUUCUGUACUUCAUGUACUGAUGAUGUUAUAGUAAUGCUUUUUACUAUUAUUGAUUUUCUUCAAUUGACAUUGACGUUACCUUUUAUUGGUUUUCGAUUUUUUGGAUCGAAAUUUUAAGUGUCCAUUUUAAGGAUUUAUUGUGAUUGUAGAUAUUAAUCACACAAAAUUGAUCUGUUAUAAGAUCCAAAUGUUUAGUAUUUCUUUCAUGAAGAUUUUCUAACUAUACGACUCAAUGUGGGCAAGUCGUGUAAUUGUGAUGUUUGUACCUCUUGACUGUUUCUGAUCAGUUUAACAUUAAUCUAAAUUCAAGGUUGAAUUUGUUAUAAGAUCUAAGUGUUUACAGCUUCUUUCUAAAAGGU